AUGCUUCCGGCAGCCACCACAGCGACGAAGCGCGUCGUGCACUCGACGAUGGCCUACAACCCGCGCCAGCAUACGCUCCUCGUCGUCGGCGGCAAUGGCUUCGUGGGCAGCAACAUCCUCCAGCGCGCCGUCGCCAAGGGUAUCGAGGUGCGCAGCUUGAACCGAUCGGGCAAGCCGACGUGGGGCGAUCAAGUGCCAUGGGUCGACAAGGUCGAAUGGAUCCAAGGCGACGUCUUCUCGCCGACCGAUCUGGCCAAGGCCGUGGACGGGGUCACGGGCGUCAUUACGACGGUCGGCGCCUUUGGCAGCAAUGAAUUCAUGCAGAAGAUGUGCGGCGACGCCAACAUUGAAGUCGUUCGCGCGGCCAAGGCCGGCGAGGUCGAUCGCGUCGUCUUCAUCUCCGAGUCGCGCGUGGGCAAGGACAUUCCGACGUGGGCGCCGCUGUACGGGUACUUUAACGGCAAGCAGCGUGUCGAAGACGCCAUUGCCGCCCACUUUCCAACGACCGGCGUCUGCCUGCGCCCGGGCAUGAUCUACGGCACGCGUCGCGUCGGCAACUACCUCCUUCCGCUGCAGUGCGUGGGCGGGCCCAUGCGCUUCAUUGGGCGCGACCUCGGUCCGGUCUCGACGUUUGUGUCACGCAUCCCGAUCGUCGGCGCCGAGCUGCAGGCGGCGUGCCCUGUCAACGCCGUGGCCAAGGCGGCCGUACUGGGCGCCCUUGGGCCUGCGCCGGGCACGCAUCUCGACACGUCAAGCAUCCUCUCGUUCGCCGAGUCGUUCCACACGAUGACGUAG